AGGCAGCGGUUGCCUGGCGACAAGGUCGGGCUCGUUGAGGCGGCGGCCGGGGCCGGGCCUGGGCUCCCCGGGGGCGCUGCCGCGGGCCCCCGCUGUGGCGGAGGAGGCUUCGCCCUCCCCGGCCGGGGCUCUCCUCAUCCCCCGGCCGGGCCGGUAGGCAGAGGUAGAAAAGAGUACUUAAGAUGUGAGCAAGAAACUUAGGAAAUGUACAGUCUACCACAGGGUGUUUUAGUGAUAGAGACUCAAACCCCAAUGAUGCCUGUCACACGUUUAACCUGUGGCCUGGAUACGGUUUGUCCAGAUCCCGUUGCUAAAGAAAGAUCUCAUACGAACUCAUCGUGCAACCAGGUAGCAAGCAGCAAGCUCCAUGACAUUCCAAGAAACUGUCUCUUCUGGGUUUUAGGGUACCAAUUCUGUGGUCCCUAGAAUACUAUGAUCCCUGACCAGAGCGAGCUACUAAGAAAUAACUGAUGUGAUUUAGAAGGAAGAAAAAAAUGCAGCAGAGCACCAGUUUACAAAGUCAUAUAUUGAAGGAAGGAAGGAAGGAAGAAAGAAAGAAAGAAAGAAAGUAAGUAAGUUCUUAAGAAACUGAGCAUCACCUCCAGCCAGUGUCACUUUUUUCCCCCCAACAGAGCAGUAAUCUGAGGGACUUUAGAUCUCCAGAGUACAGCAGUUAGGAGUGAGGACUGGCCUUUCAGAGUGAAAAACCCACAGCUCAGAAAGAUAAAUGGGUCAGUAUAGAAAGCCAGCUGUCCAGUGCUGCCUAGCUGACUGAAGUGACAUGACACCAGUCACCGCCCUAUAAUGGAAAUGCACCAGACAGGAUAAGAACUUGCUAUUUACCGAGUACCUCCUUCACUUCCAGUGAAGUGUAAAGCUAGCUCCUGCUACAUGGAAAAAUUGCUCCAGCACAUGCAAGAAAUUAAAAUUCGAGAAGCUUGGAUUUAUUUGAAGUAACACCAACACAGAUCUGGGAUGAUUCCAUUAACAGCAUUGCAGUCAUGCUCUGUUUCUAAAAAGAUGUCUAAAGAUUACCCAAGCCAAAAAGAUUUAAGUGUAAGUUUUGUAAACAAGUAAAUUGGGACUCACACUUUCUACUGAACAGGAAGAAAAAAGCCAAAACAUAAGGCCUUGUGUAAAGACCAACAGACGGGUAAAGUGUCUCCCCAGGGGAAGGCUGCAAGUGCUGAAUACUAGCCAACAUCUGUCUGAAGCGUUACUGAUUUGGGGAAAUUCCAGCAAUUGCAAGUUGAGAGCAUGUUUGGAAAUUGAACCACUGUUUUAACUACACAGCUGAGUGAAGAUGUGGAGCGAGUAUCUGAAAACCCAACAGAUGAGAGAGAAGGAGAGAUGAAAGUUCAUGAAGAUUCCAGCUCUGUUAUUUUAGCAGAUAGUGAACUGGGUACCACUGCCCCUUCUUUGCGCUUCAGCAAGACCUGCCUAAAGAAUGUCUUUUCAGUAAUUCUCCUGUUUAUUUAUCUGCUGCUCAUGGCUGUAGCUGUGUUCCUUGUUUACCAAACCAUCAGUGACUUCAGAGAAAAGCUCAAGCACCCAGUGAUGUCUGUCUCUUACAAGGAAGUGUCCUUGUAUGAUGCACCUGGUAUUGCCUUUUAUCCAGGCAAGGCUCAGCUGCUUAGCUGCAAGCAUCACUACUAUGAUCACAUUCCGCCUCUGAUAAAUCCAGGUCAGCCAGGAGAUAUAGAGUGCACCACUCGGAGAAUCAACUACACAGACCCUUUUACUAAUCAAACUAUGAAGUAUGCUUUGGUUGUUCAAGGCCCUCGUGAUGUGAAGAAAAAGGAACUGGUGUUUUUGCAGUUUCAUUUAAAUGAAACAGAACAAGAUUUUAGUGCCAUUGACUACCUUCUCUUUUCCUCUUUCGAAGAGUUCAUCAACAGUCCAGAAAAAGCAGAAUUCAUGAAGGAUUGUGAAAGUUCAUACUCCAGCUGGAAGUUUUCCGGAGGCUUUCGAACUUGGGUCAAGAUGUCCUUGGUGAAAACAAAAGAAGAAGAUGGUAGUGAGACUGUUGAAUUCAAACAAGAGACUAGUGUGGUUAACUAUAUUGACCAGCGAACUAAACUAAGAAGUGACCAGCUGUUUUUUGUGGUAUUUGAAUGGAAAGAUCCUUUUAUACAGACUGUUCAAGAUAUUAUCACAGCAAAUCCCUGGAACAUGAUUGCUCUUCUUUGUGGUAUCUUUUUGGCUCUGUUUAAGGCAGCAGACUUUGCAAAGUUAAGUGUUAAGUGGAUGAUCAAAAUCCGGAAGAGACACCUGAAGAGGAGUCAGCAAGUAAUGAACCACAUCAGUUGAGACUAAGACUGCCUUUUAACUAUUCAUAGCAGAAGGGAUAGAAAAUAACUGGAAUAAACUUCAAACAGCAAUACAGCACUUACUUAAAGAUAUGAAACAGGUAUGUUUUCUUCUAGAAAAACUAUGGCUGGAGGAACAGCCUUCAAACUUCAGAAAGGAGCUAACGCUAGGACAGCUCUAACAAGCUCAUGCUUUUCUAUUUCAAAUCUAAACAAGCUUACCUCAGUAUGUGGGGGGGGACCAGGGGAAAGGAGCAAAUUCACUAAUGUUCAGAAAGUCAACACUGCAGUGUGUUAGGUUUUUUUUUUUUAAGAAAAAAAGACAGGGUUUAAAUACUUCUGAGAACAGGAGACCAUUUAACUUCUGCAUGAGCCAUGACCUGCAUCUGCUGCCAUAACAAAGGCAGUUACUUCCUUGGCUGUGUUUAGUGGAAGGUAAAGCACUCAACAAAACAGUCUGGCCUCCCCUCUCCAAAGUAGGUGUUAAAACAAAAUACACUGGAAUUCUAUUACAUGUCAUUUUUGAUUUAUAGUGACUUUAAUAUUAAAAAAUACUUCAAAUAA